AUGCCUCUUGAGUUUGAGUUGUGCCCUGGCAGGAUGAUUGGAGGGGACCAGCCCUGCUUCAUCAUUGCUGAAAUUGGAAUAAACCACCAGGGAGACGUCGAGAUUGCAAAGAAAAUGAUCAAAAUGGCAAAGGUAAUUAAAAUGAUGUUUAUUGGUUAUAUUUAAAAAAAAAUUAAUAAAUCACUUCUCUAUUCUUACUCUGGCGUCAUUGAAACUCAAAAAAACUGUUGGGAGUUAAAAAAUACUCUUUUUUUUUCACAUUUUUGCCAAGUAUUUUCAAAUUCCCUGAAAAAUUUUCACCUACUAAACUUUUUAUCGUCACAGUUUUCAGCAAACCUGAUAGUGGCACAUCAUUCGAUCACGCUGUAAAUGUUGGAAACUUUUGUGCUGUUAAAACCCAGUCCUUAUUCUCUUUACAAUCAAGUUUGAAACUUUUUAAAACCAAGGUGAUUUUGCGCUGUAGAGUAAAGGCAAUUUAUACAGAUAAGUCAUAUUAAAAUUGCUUUUAAUCUGACUUUUCUUGGCAGUCCCCUGUGAACUGAUAACCCAGUGAACAAAGCCAGAAGUAAAAUAUUGAUAACUUUGAGUUUUAACAUCUGAAACAAGUUACUAUUAUGCAAAAUAACUUGUUUUAUAAUUUAUAUGCUAUUAUUUAAGUGUAAUUUUUAAUGCAUUAGUGUGUCAGUUACUUUACUAUUGCAGCUGAUAAAUGUGUCCUGCAGCAUGCAAUGAAGAUAAGCCGACACAAUAUCAGAAUUCAUCAUACUUGCAUUGGUGAUGAUCAUCUGGAAAAAGGCUUGUCGCUAAACUAAAGGAGUUUGAUAGACUGAGAGGAGUCCGAAGUCCAGUUUGGUGCUCUGUUCUGUGAAGCUGUUGUUUCUGUGUUUUAUAACACGAUUGUUCGGCUUGUGUUCCCCGGUUAUUACGCGUUUCAGUGUCCCGAGCUCUGAGGUCGUUCACUCUGGCUGCACAUCAUUAAAGCGGACUCCUGACAAACUCACCUUGGGGAUUGAAACUCUCUUAUGAUCAUAAAAUCAUGACAAGCCCCAAAAAAAACCUGGCUUGAGAUAGCGAUCAGUAAAAGUUUAAUAUAAACCCUCAGGACUAUAAAAACCUGAGUGACCGCAGGAACCAGACAAAUGAAUAAGGGAAUCCACAAAACAGACUGUAAAAUUCAUGUAACAUUAACUCAGGAGUGAAAGUUAGUGUUCAGGUGGAGAUCAAUAACCCCUCAGGCUCAGUCUUACUCUUGUUACCUGAAUGGAGCUUUGGGAAAAAAAAAAAAAGAGGAUGAUGGAUAUUUUUUCUAAUACCAGGAUAUGUACAAUGAGGAGUGUCUGCUAAACAAAUGCAAAGAUUUUCAAGGCAAAUAAGACGAACAGGCAAAUAGGAUUAAAUUAGGCUCACUCACUGCAGUUUGCAUUUUAAAGGGAAACUGGGGAUAUUCACUUGUGAUGCCAGAGACAGAGCUUAAGUCACCUGUCUUUACAUAUCAACGUUCGGAUUGUUAUCUAGUUUUUUUGCAUGAAGGUUAAAGUAAAACCCGCUCAAUUACACUUGGACACACACAACUACUUCUGCUUUUAUUGUGAAAUAAAGAGUUGAUGGGGAAAUAAGAGAACUUAAAUAAAAUUCACCGAAGAGGAAGGACCAAGAAGUAACACAUACCAAAUCCCACUUUCUUUCUUUUACUCAUUUAUCAGGAGGUGGCCGGGAGGUGGUUACAGCCAUCCCGAAAUAUCAAAACCUUGAUUUGCUGAGUUGGAUUUACGGCUGAUGUUUAAACAUCUCAGGCGGAACAUUUUCUUGGUCUGUGUCGCCACUCUGUUGAGCUACCUUUAAAAGUGACGUUUCUAAGCUUAAAGUUAUAAGUGUAUAACUGUAAGAUCAGGAAAGGUGAACAGUUCUGACAGUAGGAACUAGAAAAGCACUCGGAGAACGCAGACCUCUGCCAAGCAGCUCAUGUCCCCCCUUUUAUUGUGAUUCACACCAAAACGUUUACUGUUUUUUUACUGUCUUUUAUUAACUUUUAUUUGUGUUUAAACUGGUAUGUUCACUGUUCAUAAUGUUCCUAAAACAAGAAAUCCCCUGACCCGGAUUCAAACCCAGGACCUUCUUGCUGUGAGGCGACAGUGCGAACCACUACACCACUCUGCCGCCCAUUGGUUACCUUUCAGCAUUGAAAAUUCCAACCACACCCUUAUUUUUGUGUGUUCUGAAUCACAUUAUCCAGAAUUUUGUCUGGAUCAGGAUCAACCUUUGACACCUCAUAAAACUCAUUGAGAUCCUUUUGUGUCAUUUUUUACUAAAGACUCUGGACAUUUUUAUAGAGUUUGAUGCGAAAAUUCAAAAAUUUGCCCUAUCUCACAAUGAUAAAGAAUCCUUCAAAAAAUUCCUGGAUCCAGAAGGCAAUCCGGAUCACCACCAAAAUUUAAUGGGAUCCUUCUGGGGCUGAGACACACCUCUGGUGAAAAUUUCAGGUCAAUCCGUCUGUUACUUUCUCUGUAAAGUUGCUAACAGACAAACAAACAAACGCUACCGAAAACAUAACCUACUUGGCGGAGGUAAUAAAAGGAGAGUGUGAUCCAGCUGUUAAUUACAGCCGGAGCACAAAACAAGGGACCCAGUUUAGAAAAUUCCCCUUGUUGGGGCGUACACGCAUCAAUAAAUCAAAUGAAAAAGGAAGUUGUAAACUGCAUUUCUGGAAUCAGCAGUAUCAGUCGACAGAUUAGUUUGCAGGAGUUGCUCCAUAAUAAAAAGGAUCUUUGGCCUUGUUGUAAACCGUAGACUGAAUGAGGUUUGGCUCGCCUUUCAUGGCAUAAUGGGUCCAAUAGCUGCUGUAUUCACAUGUGACGUGCAGUUAAAAAAAGCUCAAUAAAGCACCUGGAAAAGAAAAGAGGACCCGUUUUGUGAACAAAUUGGUGGUUGUUUUGAUAUUUUCCAAAAAGAACAGCAUUAUUUCGGGGAAGGUGCUCUGAGUGGUUAUUUGUGUUGAGGUGAAAUCACAAUUUUGAUCGUUCAAGUCGUGAUCCAUUUCACUUUAAGGCCGUAUAUUCUUAAGCCCUACUGUACCUUCUUUCACAGGACUGCGGUGCAGAUUGCGCCAAAUUUCAGAAGAGUAUUUUAGAGUACAAAUUCAACAAGAGAGCCUUGGAGCGCCCGUACAAUUCGAAACACUCCUGGGGGGCAAGCUACGGUGAGCAUAAGCGCCACCUGGAGUUCAACAAAGAGCAGUACGAGGAACUGCAGAAAUAUGCAAAUGAGGUGGGGAUCUUCUUCACCGCUUCAGCGAUGGAUGAGGUGAGAAAAAAACGGUAAUUAACCUUUUUUUAACAGUUCAGUAUGAGUUCAAGUUUAAUCUCGGUUUAUUCUGUCUUUAGAUGGCGGUGGAGUUCCUGGAUGAUAUGAAUGUGCCGUUCAUCAAAGUGGGCUCUAAUGACACCAACAACUUCCCCUAUCUGGAGAAAACUGCCAAGACAGGUGCAAACUCUCAUAUCUGAUACGAUGUCUGGAGUUUAACCAGGUGUGCGUUUUUUGGACUGGUUUAAGGUUGAAGAAAAGGUGAAAGCUCAGCUGGACUCAGUGUUGUCCUGUCUUUUCUCAGGGCGGCCCAUGGUGGUGUCCAGCGGCAUGCAGUCGUUGGAGACGAUGCGCAAAGUUUACAAAACGCUGAAGAAACACGACGUAAACUUUACCAUCCUGCAGUGCACCAGCUGUUACCCUCUGGAAGUUCAAGAUGUUCACCUCAGAGUUAUACCGGUGAGAAGAGUUAUACGAUUAAAGACCUUUAAAAUAAAGCAUCUCUCUAGGUCGUCCUCAGACGAGCCUUCCAUCGUCGCUUCCGGUCAUCCCGAUUCUCCGUACAUCUCGCCAGUUCGUUGGUACUCUGAGCUCCUGCAUCCUUCUUGAGUAUGUCCACGUAUGUUAGUGUAGGACGUCCUCUUGACAGAUGCCCAUGUGUUGGUUCCAACAGCACCAAUUUGCUGGCUGGCAGUUCCUGAUGCCGUUGGCAGUGUCUUCUCGCUCACCCUUGGUAUUCCCUCGUACAGUUUUCUGUUGGUUACAUGUGUGUUCUGCUGAUGUUAAGUACUGCACGCAACAUCCUGGUGUAGCACCCAUCCAGGGAUUUCUCCAGGGUUGGCUUCAUUUUAGGGGUUUAGAUUGGGUACCUGUUGACAGCUUUGUAUAUAAAAUAUUCACAAUAAAAGAUUCAUUUGACUUUUAAAAAUUGGCAAGGUGACCGUCUUUGUCAACAGACACUACCCAAGUAUGUAGACGUCAAGAUAAGCAAAGAUUGCUUUGUCCACAGGGGGCGCCAGAACUGACACAAAUCAAAAGUUCCCCACAGGAGCUUUAAAAAGUUUAUGGUAAUGGUUUAGUCUGAAGGAAUGGAUUUUGUUAUCACUGGACAACAAAGUCUUUGUGGAUUCCCUCGAUUGUCGUCUGUAUGCUAAGCUAAGCUAACUGACAGCUGGUUGCACGGUAAAUUGAUACCAGCACUUGUCACUUGCAGGAAUACCAAAAGGAAUUUCCAGACAUUCCCAUCGGAUACUCCGGUCACGAGUCUGGGAUCGGUAUUUCAAUCGGAGCUGUAGCCAUGGGGGCAAAGGUUCUGGAGCGCCACGUCACCUUCGACAAGACGUGGAAAGGAAACGAUCACGCCGCCUCUCUGGAGCCCUCUGAGCUCGCCGAGAUGAUUCGCUCCAUCAGGGCGUUAGAAUUAGCGUUUGGAAACGGCUACAAACAGAUAUGGCCGUGUGAGGAGCCGUUCCGCCGUAAGGUAAGCUAUCCUCCCACCGUGAGAAAGGACAUCGAAAUAUGAGCCACAUGUGAUUUUAACAUCUCCCUCUUUACUCCUUAUCGUUUAGCUGGGUAAGUCAGUGGUCGCCAGAGUUAAAAUCCCCAAAGGAGAAACUCUGACUGAGAAGAUGCUGACGGUGAAGGUGGCGGAGCCUAUUGGCAUCCCAGCUGAGGAAAUCUACGAACUGCUUGGUAAGACUGUGCAGCAGGACAUCGAGCAGGACGAUAGCGUCUUACCUGAGAUGGUGGAAAACUACUCCAAGAAGGCCAAGCACUGA